AUGACAUUCCUUAUGACUUUUGUAAUUGCUUUCAAUUCUGGUGUACCUGCUGGUAUGUUGCCUGAACUUCUAAUUGCACGUUGUUUCUCUAUUAAAGGGAAUAUACCUAUCUUCCUAUCCCACAGAUCAAGUGGACGCAAAACAAAUUGGGCAAAAAUUGUUCAAGGUUUAAAUGUAGCAACCGGAAAAAAUUUUAAUGAUAAACAAGCUAGAAAUAAGUAUGAUGACUUGAAAGCACAAUUUAAAAUAUGGAAUGAGAUGGAAUUGAAGUGGACUGGUCUUUCAUUUGAUCCCGAGAGUGGAUGUCCACAAGUUGACCAAGAUGAUAGAUGGGCUGGAUUUGUGGAGAAACAUAAAGGCAUACCUGCCAGGUUCUUGAAGAAGCCUUUAGCUAAUUUGGCAUUGCUACGUAGUCUUUAUAGUGGAUCUUUUGCAACUAGCAAAUAUAGUUAUUCUCCUGGAUGUGAGAGUGGUAAAUCACUUUUAGGGGAAGGUGAUGGAAAUGAUACCGAAGAAACUGGUGAUAGUGAUGAUUGUUUUGAAACAAAAUUAGGAGAGGAAAAGUGUGACUCUGGUCAUGAAGAGAGCAAAAGUCCACCCACAACCAAGUCAAAGGGGAAACGUAAGAAUGUAGGGAGUACAAGUAGCUCUAAAAAAGCUAAGACCGAUCUUGAGACUUGUUUAGAGAUACUCAAAAUGUCCAUUUUAUCUGGGUCGCCAUCUCUUGAAGCUUCCAAACACUCUCAAGUUGCUACAGCUCUAAAUGAUCUUAAGGAAGUCAAAGAAAAGGGUGAAGAGUUUAUUUUUAAAUGUAUGCAAUUCCUACGUGCAGGAGACAAUGGUGACUAUUUUCUAGCAUUGUCAUCAAAUCAACAAAAACUUAUGUUCUUGAAGACGGCAUUUGAUAUUAAUCUACCUGAAUUAGAAUGUGUCUCUACUUCUCCAUAA